GUACAUAAAAACAUAAGAAGUGUGAACCAGCCAUAACAAUGUUACAACAUUGUACGCAAACUCAAUUAAGUCUUCCGGAGUUGAAAGUGGUAGAGAGCUGUUGUCGGUAAUUCAAACAGCAUUUAAUCAACAUGAAGUUCAAUAAAUUAGUAUCAUCCUCAAGGAGUAAAAAUCGUAAACGGCAUUUUACAGCACCGUCACAUAUUCGACGAGUGCUUAUGUCAGCUCCUUUAUCCAAAGAGCUCAAACAAAAAUACAAUGUUAGAUCGAUGCCAAUCAGGAAAGAUGAUGAAGUACAGGUUGUACGCGGUCAUUACAAAGGUCAACAAGUUGGUAAAGUUGUCCAAGUAUAUAGAAAGAAAUUCGUAAUUUAUAUCGAAAGAAUACAACGUGAAAAGGCAAACGGAGCUAGUGUAUAUGUUGGUAUCCACCCCUCAAAGUGCGUUAUUGUAAAAUUGAAAAUGGACAAAGAUAGAAAGAAAAUCAUUGACCGAAGAGCUAAAGGCCGUGCUGCAGCACUUGGUAAAGACAAAGGCAAAUACACUGAAGAAAGUGCUGCCGCCGCAGUCGAAACUUCAUAGAUUUAAGAAUAUUCCUUUGUUGUCAUUUACGCCACCAUUUUUUGUAGUGUAUUUGUCAACAAUAAAAAUAAAAAAUAUUUAAAAAUCUA